AUGGAACCUUCAAAAGCUGAAAUUAUAGUAUUGGGCAGAUCUCAGAUUGACCUGAUUACAUUCAAAAGGGGAGGAAAAGUCUACCUUCAAGGCCUUCCGGCAGGCUCGAGGCUGUUGUCCAAAUUUCUGGAAGAUGAGAAUUACGUCUGCCGAUUUUAUCCCACCAGCAACAAUGAUCCCAAGAUCGAAUUCUUGGCUAUGAAUGCCAAGAACGAAGUCCACCGCCAACACCUUAUUGACACUAUCAAUACCUCGCCUAUUAAUAUCGAGAUUGACAAAAAUGAUGAAAGUAACGGCUCUGAUGACGGUGGUCGGCGGACGAGCGGACAUAGUGAUCCGCCUCGUGCGAGUGAAAAACAACAAAAUAACAGCGCUGGAGAUCGCGGUGAGCAGAUGAGUGGAGAUGGAUCGGUCGUGUUGGAAGAUGGUGGUGCGCAUGGAAAAGGAAAAGAAGAGUCGAAACACGCGCUCGUUAUUGACGAUCCCGAAGGCGAGCUGCUUUCCGGAAAGGAAGAACCGGGGCUGUCUUGUCUGGGAGAAUUCACUCCCUCUGCUAUCUUCUACCAAGUGAAGCGCCCAAAAAAUAUAUCCUUGAUAGCAGGUGAAUUGGCCCCUCUCCUCAGCACCAUCAAUAAUGAUAACUUGAAAAGAUUUGUUAUCAUUAUUGACGUUCAGGAACUACGAAAUACUGGGAUGCAAAUCAGUCGAGAUUCAUCCUGGGAGGAAGCCGCAGCCGACACUGUGCGAAAUUUUAAGCCGGAUGAUUUGCUGGAAAACGUAUCCAAAAAGCUUAAUAUUGGGAAGAUCGCCUGGAUCAUUCGUUUCAGCUACCAGGGCGCCAUUGUGCUGGGGACAGUUUCAAAUUAUCUCUACUUCGACCCAAAAGCCGAGGAACGCGGUAUCUUUCGGCUGCGCCAUGCACAUCCGACAGCACUCGAAGCAGCAUUCCUGAGUGGAUUGAUAUCAGAUACUAUGUGCCAUAUUAAUAAUGAGAAUCACGAGUGGCUGACAGCAAUCCAAAAAGGGUUACGCUAUGCUCAUUUUCUUGCCACUAACGGAUUCGCUCCUCUUACUUCCGAAAAUUGCUCUAUGGAAUACCCGAAAUUUAAGGAGAAUGAAGGUGUUAUUCUUCAGCAUGCCAUCAUUCCUAAAGAACUCAGUGGAUGGUCCAUUUUGACAAAUGCGGAAGAGAACGGGAAGGUCGUCAGAAGAAAAGAAAACGACAUGUUUACUCUGGGGAAAGAGAUUGUUAACGGCAAGAAAGGAAUUGAUACUUUGCUAUCUAAGGCCCCCAUAGCCAAGUUCGGCGAUAUCGUUACAGCUGAUAGGUGGGAAAUUAAACAGUUUAACCAGGUCUCGCGCGGUCAACAUUAG